CGCGCCUUCCUAUCGUCAGCGUGGCCAGGCUGCGCUGUCCCACGCACUGGUCCCGUUCCGUUGUACCAGUUUUCCCUCGUGUUUGCUUGUAAACCAUCAUCUAGUCCAGUCAUUGAAUCUACCAUGCCUUUGUUAACUACAGUCGUUGGUUGCUUUCCCAAGCCAGAAUACCUCCAAAUACCGGACUGGUUUCGCACUACUCACAAUGGGAAGUACACACAACAGUACAACGAGGUUUUAGAUAUUAAAUCUCAAAGCGACGUCUCCGAAGUUCAAUUCGAUGAUGCUUUGAAGAAAGCAACUACAGAGGUUUUAAAAYUUCAGGAAGAAAUAGGAAUCGAUGUCAUUACAGAUGGUGAAAUGGCGAGAGAAAACUACGUGCAUUAUUUUUGCCGUAGAAUGAAGGGAAUUGAUUUCAUAAAACUGACAGAGAAAAGUUCUCGUAACGGGGCUUGGGUAGCCGACCUCCCGACCAUUGUUACCGAAAUUGAAGCAAUGGACAAGGAACCUUGGAUUCAAGUCGAGUGGAAAGAAUCUCAAAAGGUUGCAGAACGUCCAGUGAAGAUUACGAUCCCCGGUCCAAUGACUAUUAUAAAUUCAGUCUGCGAUACCUACUACAAAAACGAUCGUGAACUUAGUGGCGUUUUAGUCAAGAUUAUUAACAGAGAAAUACAAGCCUUGGUGGCCGCUGGAUGUCAGUAUAUUCAGGUUGAUGAACCAGUGCUGGUUCGUUUACCAGAAAGAGCCCUAGAAUAUGGAAUAGACCACUUGGCAGCCUGCUUUGAAGGGGUACCAAGCACUGUUAACAAAUGUGUGCACGUCUGCUGUGGAUAUCCUAUAUAUUUUGAGCAAGAGGAUUAUGCCAAGGCCGAACUGGACGCUCUCCCAAAGAUUGCAGACAAACUUGAUCAAGCCGGUUUUGACCACAUUUCAAUAGAAGAUGCUCAUCGAACCAAUGACUUGGACCUAUUCAAACACUUCAAAAACUCCAAGAUUGUUUUGGGAGUUAUCAAAAUAGCCAGUAGUAAGCUGGAAACCGUCCAAGAGAUAAAAGACCGUAUAGCGCAAGUACUAACAGUAGUACACGCUGACCGGCUGGUGAUCGCACCUGACUGUGGCUUAGGAUUCCUACCGACACAUCUUGCUAUACAAAAACUAAAAAACAUGGUUGAUGAACCAGUGCUGGUUCGUUUACCAGAAAGAGCCCUAGAAUAUGGAAUAGACCACUUGGCAGCCUGCUUUGAAGGGGUACCAAGCACUGUUAACAAAUGUGUGCACGUCUGCUGUGGAUAUCCCAAUCACCUUGACGACGAGGAUUACCCUAAAGCAGACCCUGGCGCCUACUUGAUGUUGGCUGAUAAACUUGAUCAAGCUGGUUUUAGGGAUGCACAUCGUUACAAUGAUUUGGAAUUAUUCAAGCACUUCAAGAAGUCUAAGAUUGUUUUGGGAGUUAUUAAAAUAGCGAGUAGUAAACUGGAAACCGUCCAAGAGAUAAAAAACCGUAUAGCGCAAGUACUAACAGUAGUACCCGCUGACCGGCUGGUGAUCGCACCUGACUGUGGCUUAGGAUUCCUACCGACACAUCUUGCUAUACAAAAACUAAAAAACAUGGUUGAAGCAGCCAAGUCCUUUCCUUAAUUUUGGUUAAAGGUUAGAGCAGGCAAAAAUGUAGCCAUUUAAAUAAUAUGUGGUU